UGAGCUGCUGCGAUUCCUGGGCCCCGCCGCGUCCAAGGGGGACGGUGUCGGCCACCGGCCAAGGUCAAGGGGGCUUUUUCUAACGCGCCGGUCCCUUUUGGUGGUCGAGGAGCGACACUAGUUGUUCUCCGAAAUCGGUGGCUCCGGCUCGAAACAAGGCGGGAGGAAUGGUGCGUGUGCCGCAGGUGUCCGGGCAUUGAGCGGAGCGCGGAGAAAACAGACGCGGCGCCGUCCGUGUCCGUGUCCGUGUCCGGGUGCCGCUGCCCGCAGCAUGGCUCGGGAGCGCGCGGGGCUCCUCGCAGCGGGGCUCGUGGUGUUGAUGGCCGUUCACUUCCUUCCCUCGGUGUCCGGCUGCAACAGGGGUUUCUACGAGAGGAUGAUCAAUGACCUCUGCUUCGCCAAGUUCGAAGACGACAUGGGCGGACUGGAGCGAGGCCUGUGGUGCAGAUGGCCGGACACGAUGGAGAUUUAUGGUGGACUAACAAACUGCACCUACCAGGUGGCCCUGAGGAUGGGCUGCUUCUGGCCCGAUCAGGUGGUCGACCGCUUCUUCAUGCACAUUCACCGGAACUACUUCCAGGACUGUGCCCUGACCGGCCGGCUCCUCCACGACCCGCCUGUCGGCAUCCUGGCCCCGUUCAUCGCGGUGCCAGUACUGGUCACCCUGCUCAUGACUGCCCUGGUGGUGUGGAGGAGUAAACGCACAGAGGGGGUUUUAUAGGGGGUCCUUUUGGCCUCUAAGCUUUGAGAAACAAAUUGACUCUUGAUUUCUGUGUGAAAAUGUAUUUUUUUUCUUCCUGUGUUGAUGUGAAUAACUGCAGCGAAGGUGGAACUCAAAACAGCAAUAUGCAAUGAAUCCUCUAAUUGCUCAAUUUUUUAGCAGCAGCAUGCACCGAUACGAGCGUGUCAAAGUUUGGCUGGGGGAAAGCAAAGGCGUUUGUUUAGAUUCAGGGGCUUCGGAGGCCGUGCAUGUUAAUUACCGCCUGUUUUUCGCGGCCCCAAACAAUCAGUGAACGCACAAAUACGGGGUCGGAGAGGACGACACUCAGGGAGACGGCGGUGACGCAGACAAAUGAUGGGAAAAACGGGGAGAAGGAGAUAGAGGUAGAGAAUAGAGACCGGGGUCGUUUAUCAUGUGAAAGAAAACAAGCACAACGUUGGUUUUAUUCUCAACUCAUCUGCAGUCCCUAAAACAGACGAGAGCUAUAUUACUUUUUGGAAAAAACAACAAUUUGUCCCUCGAUUGCAUUUUCAAAACUUAAUGCAAUUAGCAGUUGAAUUGUGUCCAAAUGUGCCUCAUUUAUCUGUACAAAUGAAUAUAAAGUGUCGAAGUCAGAGACUGAUGGUUUAUUUUAAUUCCUGCUCAUGAAAUGGGGAGAUGAUUUGAGAAAUAUAAGCUUUGAAGACUGUAGACGAGGCUCAGAGUGGACAAUCAUCCAUCACCGCGUGACAGGGCUCUCUCUGGUGUUCACUCGGCAUGCACGGAGGUCAGUGUUCAAAAGGCUAAGAGUUAAUCGGACACCAGUUUCAUUGCAUAGCUGUUCAACCCUAACCCUAAAAAAAUAUAUAUAAGUUACAAAUUCUAAAAUCUUUAUAUUACUUUAAGAAAAUAAACACCCUAUUCUCCAGGUUUAUGUCCAUUUCUGAUGAACCCACAGCAGCGGCUCAAUUAAGGAGAAAAAUUGUCUUUUCCCUGUGACUCAUAAAGCACAAUCACUUUUGAUUUGAGUUGCUUAUGAAGAAAUUGGUUUGUUUUCGGGGGGGGGGGCAAAAACAUUUCCGACAAAACAUGUCGGAAACUCUACGCAUUCACGGAGGCUUUCGCGGUAGACGUCAACUCGACACAGGAAGACGAGAAGAGACACAGGAUCAACAAAAAAUUGGACAUAAGCUAAAUUAUAAUUGAAAUGAUUUGCAAAAGAGUUGGCGUUAUAUUGACCCGCUGUCGUCCCUUCAGAAAAAAACACAGGUCAGGCUCUUUCCAGAGACAGAGAGCAGAGGUGUGUGUGUAAAUCUCCCCAAACUGUGAUAGUAAUUAAAUACAAUGUCAUACUUUUUUCUUAUCCAUGUAAAAGUUAUGGCUCAGCACUUCCCCUCCAUAUAUUUUGCUUGCUGGGCUAUUCUGUCCUGUCAGAGGCAGGGGGAAUUAAUGGCGGCUAUAUUAUCAAAGCUGUAAAAGGCCUUCAACGGUUAAGCUUAGUCAAGCAAUGUUUGGCUUUUCUGAUUAAUGUCCAAGACGGUGGCAGCAUUCAAAUACGAAUUUCAGCAGUUUUUGAUGAUGAUAAAUUUUCCGGGGAGAUUAGCGGAUCUUCGACUCGCCGCAGGUGAAUGCAGGUGAGAGCUCAAGGCCAGAAGUUUAACGAAUAGACCUGUGGAUGAGUUGGAGGUCACUUUGUUAGUCUGCCUUAUCUCGCGACCUCUGUUUAGACGGAGGUCUCCAUCGUGCCGAUAUAUGGCUAAGGCCGGAUCCAGUCCUACAUUUCCCACAAUGCAACCAUCAUCACAUUUAGUUUUCACAUUUAAUCCUCUUCACUGAUGUUGUUCUGUGCGUAGGAGACGUCCCUGUACUUCAGCUCCAUGUUUAUGCUGUAGCUCCACGGAGCGCCAGGCAGCCUCUGGGCCUCAGUCCCCCUGUCAGCCUCCUGGAGGAAACCACUGGCGGACAAACCCGUGAGCCUCUGUCAUGUCUGUCUCAGUCCACCUCUUCAGACAGACACACACACACACACACACACACGGUAUAGCUCCUUUGCUGGAUACUGUCUGCUUAGUGAUGGUUGGUGCAACCUGUAAAUAUAAAAUAGGGAGAAAUGGCAAGGUCAAUUUCAUUGGAGAUAUACUGUGUACAAUAUCUUGAGUUAAGCUCCAAGUAAGGUUGGAUAAAUGUGCUUCCAAACUUUUAUCCGCUGAUUAAGAUUACUUAAAAAUUCAGCUCACUGCUUUCUGUAAUAUUUAAACACAGAGUUGAACAUUAACUGCUAGAACUAAAAUGGUCUUUUCCUCUCUGCGCCAUUGCCACAAAAAAAGUCUGCAUGAAGAUUAAAAGGCAUCAGUGGAUUUCA